UAUAUCAAAUGAAACCCAAAGAAAAAAAUAAAGGAAAAGUUUUAUUUACAAACAAACACACAUAUGUGCAAAUGUUUUACAUUAUAAAUGGGUAUUGGGUCUGAAAGAUGGGAUGGUUCUUUGUUUAUUGUGGAAAUAUUCUUGGGUUGUUGUAGUUGAGUUGCUUUUCUUUCGCCAUUGUUUACAAGAAUAUAUUCUCUCAAUGUGCGGCGCGAACCAGUGACCUUCUAGAUUUAGGUGGCUCAUGGACCUUUUCUUUAUCAUUGCCACAAGGGACUGGAUAGUGUAAUUAUUUGCGCAGUAAGAUGAGCUUUGGUAGCACCAGUGGAGGUUCUGGUAGUAGAACUUCUCAAAGGACAUUUGAGUUUGGAAGAACCCAUGUGGUCAGGCCUAAAGGGAAGCACCAAGCUACUAUAGUUUGGCUACAUGGCCUUGGUGAUAAGGGAUCAAGCUGGUCCCAGCUCUUGGAAACUCUUCCUCUUCCUAAUAUUAAGUGGAUCUGUCCAACUGCUCCUACUCGACCAGUAGCUGUAUUUGGUGGAUUUCCUUGCACUGCUUGGUUUGAUGUAGGAGAUAUUUCAGAAGAUUCACCUGAUGAUUUGGAGGGAUUAGAUGCUUCAGCUGUACAUGUUGCAAAUCUCUUGUCAACAGAGCCCCCUGAUAUAAAAUUAGGUGUUGGGGGCUUUAGUAUGGGUGCUGCAACUGCCCUAUACUCUGCUACAUGCCAUGUUUUUCGACAAUACGGGAAUGGAAGCCCAUACCCGGUCCACCUAAGUGCAAUUGUUGGUCUCAGCGGCUGGCUUCCAUGUUCAAGGACUUUGAAGAACCGGUUGGAAGGGUCAAAUGAUGCGGCAAGGCGUGCAGCAUCCUUGCCCGUUUUGCUCUGUCAUGGCUUAGGUGAUGAAGUAGUCGCAUACAAUCACGGGGAGAAUUCUGCACAAACAUUAAGCUCGGCUGGAUUUCGCAAUCUGACAUUCAGAUCAUACAAUGGGCUCGGUCAUUACACCACUCCUGAAGAGACUGAUGAAGUUUGUAACUGGCUGACCGCGUGGUUGGGGCUUGACGGGUCACGGUCAUAAUAAUGGAAAAUGUCAGUGAGGAAGCUUGGUACGGGGUAUACAUGAAGAAGAAAAAUAAAAAAAAAAAUCCAUAGCGACUAGAAGGGCGACUUAGUUUAGAUAUUGGCAUGGGGUAUAUAUGGUAUACUUGCAUCGUUCAAUCUGUUAUUCCCUCUCAGUCUCGUCUUUCCUAAAAUAAAAAUUCUCUAUGGCUCGCUUUUGUUUUUUGAAAUCAAUGUUUGUUACUAAUAAAAUCAUUUGUCUUUUAUUUGUUUUGGGUAUGGAGCUGUUUCUCAUUUUUUAUUUUUCAAAUAAUUUUCUUUUAUUUCUCCCUUUCCUUAUUAGUGAUAGUUGAGCCAUGGAUGUAUUUUGGAAGUGCAUUUCUAUAAAUGUUGUAUUUCAUUGU